AUGUCGUCGUCCUCAUCCGAUCGAAGCUCUUCAUCGCCACCAAAAUACCUCCAAAAGGAAGACGGAGUGAGCCAAGAAUUCAAAACCUUCAUCUCCUCUCUCCCCAAACGAAAAAUUCAUCUCACACCCGAUCUCUACCAGUACCAAGGCUUCUGGUAUCCUGUCAUGAUUCUUCGAAGUGUCAUUGCCUGUCAAAACCACUUCCAUCCUCAAUCUUCCGACAUCUUCCUCGUAACUUUUCCUAAAUCAGGCACCACCUGGCUGAAAUCCCUCCUUUUCACUCUUUCCAAUCGCCGCCAAUUCGCCGCCACCGAUGCAAAUCACCCGAUUCUUACCACCAAUCCCCACGAGCUCGUCCCCACUCUUGAAAUUGCUCUCUACGUCAACAAUGAAAACCCUAAUUUGGACAACUUCGAAUUCCCUUCUUUCCCCAGGCUUUUCUGCACCCACAUGCCUUGGACUGGUCUACCUCAGCCUAUCAAGAAUUCAUCCACCAAUAAAAUCGUGUACUUGUACAGGAAUCCUAAGGAUGUGUUUGUCUCCUUAUGGCACUUUGGGAAGAAGCUGUCCCCCGAAGAAAGCAAGAAAAUGGGGCCCGAUUCUUUCGUCGAAGGUUUUGAAAGCUUUUGUGAGGGAGUAACUCCAUUUGGGCCAUUUUUUGAUCAUAUCCAAGAUUACUUGAAAGAAAGCAAGAAGAAUCCUAGUAGGAUAUUAUUUCUGAAAUACGAGGAUAUGAAAGAGCAGCCUGGAUUGCAUCUGAGGCGCCUGGCGGAGUUCCUCGAUUGUCCGUUCUCUAGUGAUGAAGAGGAAUCUGGUCUGGUCGAGGAUAUUGUGAAGCUAUGCAGCUUCGAGAAUUUGAGCAAUCUGGAAGUGAACAAGAACGGGAAAGUAUCGUUUACUGGUGUACUCAAUAGUGCUUUCUUUCAUCGAGGAAAAAUUGGAGACUGGAAAAAUCAUCUGUCGGAGGAGAUGGCUCUAAAGCUCGAUGGAAUAUGGGAAGACAAGCUUGGUGGAUAA